GUUUUUAACAUUUUUCGACACAGAAAAUCCUUUGAAUUUCUGUUUAAUUAUCCUAUUUAACUAUUUCCUGUGUUUUAAGGGUGAUAUCAAUUCGUAUCCCAGCUACCGCCGUCGUUCGCUUUAUAAAAGUAAGCCCGGAAAGUGCAACAAACUUGAAAAACCACAGCGCGAAAAGAUCUGGAAAAGAUCGGACCGGAUUGAAAACGCGAAAAACUAUUUCUCUGCUCUGCGAGAAGCCAGUUCAUCGUUCAUUGCCAAAUCGUUUAGAAAUCGCUGAAGAAAAGUGGAAAUUCUUAACAUUUUGGGCCUUUUUCGUGCGUGAUAAGAACAAAUUCAAGCGAUUUGCCCCCUCCCCCAAAAGGUCCCCUUGGCUGCCGAGAUGUGGUGUUUCGCGCAAAGCAUACCUUGAUAAAUGAUGCAUAGGGUAUCCUAGAUCUCUAGCCUCCGCUUUUUAUCGUAAAACCGUGCAGCAGGCUCUGCUUCAUCGGGAGCUUUACUGUAUUUGAAGUUUAAAUAAGGAUUGUCUUUUUUUAGUCGGCUGAGAUUCACUCUUGGUUGCGAAAGUUUUUUUUAAACAUUUUUUCAUGCACGUUGAUGUGUUUGACGUUGAUUCAGAGGCCUCGAUCACCACACUUGCACCAGCACCUUUCACGAGGAAUUUGGCAGAACUGAUGCUUCGCGAAUGAACAUGUUAUGACAACGAGGAUAAAUUGCUGCUGCUGCUCCAGCUGUUGUGUGUUGUGUAGCACUGUAAAGCAGAGCACGCGCUUAUAAAAUGCACGAACUAUUUACAACGGUCCUAUCGAAAAGGGACCUCUCCCGGGCCGGAGAACUGUUUUCGAUUGCCGAUUACGAGAUUGUGAACGACUUAACGGAAGUGUUGGAAGAGAUUUGCAGCAUUAUCUCGCAGGAAGACUAUCUGCAGAGCAGCAACGAUCAGUCGGUGAUCGAGAUCUGCAUCAAUCGGGUAACUUCGUGCAUCAAGAAGACAAACACGAUCGAGAAGCACUGCGGUGGGCUGGUGAAGCUGCUGCAAACCUGUCUGCGCUACAAUCUGCAACCGUCGGGGAAGGAUGUCGAUCCACCCCAUGCCAAAAUCUCCUCCGACAUCAUCUCCAGCAUCUUUCUGAACUAUAAUAAGCAGAUCGUGAUGGAGGUGACGCUGCCGGUUGCGGUGAAGUUUCUCAACCUUGGCAACUUGGAGCUAUCGCGUAACCUCGCCAGUUACCUCUCGUCGGCAGCCAUCGAGUACUCGUUUCUGCUAUCACCGCACGUGCACGUCAUACUCGAGUCGCUGCUCGCCGGCAACUACGGGCUGUGCCAUGUGUUGUCGCAGAUCUAUGAGGCCACCCCGGAACCGAUCAAUGCCGUUGGGCCCAAGUUUGUUGAGAUUGUUCCGCGAUGCGAUCUACAGGAGCAGCUCGUCAUCCUGCAGCUGCUGGUGACGAUCGCUAAACAGAAACCGUCCUGCCUGACCGAAAGCAUUCCAUCGCUGCUCGAGCUCGCCAUCCGUCCACCGCUCUCGGCUGCGGCCCUGCUUGUGCUGCUUAAGCUAGCGGAAGCGAAACCGAUCAAGCUGGCCGAGUACACCGAAGCGUUCAAGGUGAUCGCCUACAGUGUACCGCAAACGGUUGGCUUCGCCGCUCAAAUACUGUCCGCGAUCGGGCGCUCGGGCAAGGAUAGGGCUCAGGUGGCGCUCGAUUUCGUGCUGGAGCAUUUGCCGCGCGCCGAUCGGCCCCUGCAGACGAUCCUGCUCAACGAAGCCACCAAGCUGUGCACCAAGUAUCCGGUUCUGUUUACCGAUAAGGUUACGUCUGUCGUGCGGCAGCGUCAGCUGAGCAACAGCCAGAUCAAGCACACCACCUCUGGUGGCGUAACGAUCGUGAAUCUAAACACUUCGGCCACGCUGCCCACGAUAGGUUCCACAGAGCGACCCCUUUCGUACGUACAGGCUACAACGACGACAGCGAAUAACGGUCACAAUGGAUUCGCGAGUGCCGCGCAUACUAUGGGAUCCUCUGUGAGCGGUGCCGUCGCUGCCCAUCACCAUUCACACCAACAGCAGCAACAGCAACAGCAGCAGCAGCAGCUGCUGCAUCACCAUCAUCAUCAUCAUCAUCAUGACCAAGGCCGGGCAAUCAUUUCCAAAACACCAAACGUCGCCAUCGUCAGCAAUCACAGUCCGAUGUCGAAAACGGUGAUCAACACCUCGAACGGUACGACGCUCAGCUCCACCAUCCAUCCCGCUCUGCUUACCAACUUCAUCAACACCGCCAAUGGCGUUCAGAGCACUCCACCGUUAACCAACGGAACUGGUGUCGUUUCGCCGACGCCACAUCACACAGGCUACACCCGGAACCGCCCAAAGCUUGGCGAUUCACGCAGUACCGGUCGGUUGCACUCCGGAGGGGGUGGUAGCGGUGCGGGUGGCAAUAAGAGUACGACGCGCCUCAACAAUGCCGGUGGUUCGAUGGGUGGUCUGCACAAGGCACGGCUAGGAUCAUCAUCCCAACUGAUCAACCAGUUCAGUGGAGGAGACUUUGGAACAACGACUGGCAAUGGUGGUGGUGGUGGUGGUGGCGCUGGUGUCGUGCUGCUUGAUCAGGAGAAAAGCAAUGGGACCAUGGCUGGUGGUGGUGGUGGCGGCCUAGUCGGAAGUCCGAUUGCAUUGCCUUCCAAUGGUAACGCCACAUGCACGACUGUGGAUGGUUCCAGUAGCAGUAGCAACAAUGCGAUCAUCAACAACCGCCACAACUCGAGUGGUAACGUCGCGAUCAAAGGUAUCGGUGGGACGGUGGAUCGUCCGGUCGUUAGUCUGCUGCACAGCAGCCUGGCCAUACCACCGGUACCACCACCACUCAGUCAGCACGUUACGAUAACGGGCGAGAACAAGUGGGGCAUUCCACAGACGAAGAUCACUUCCUGUGGCGUCACGGUGAUGACGACCUCACCGACGGCACGCACUCCUCGGCCCUACUCACACGGUGGCCCUUCGAACACGACGACAGCCACGCUGCUAGGUUCGACCGGUGCCCUCGGUAAGAGUUCGCUCGGUGGCCUCAACCAAUCGACCGGUUCCAUCGGCAUACAGGUGCAUCACGCUUCGCCCGCAUCACCGAACACGAACCUUGGCUCGCCAACGGCAUCGAUCCCAGCGUCGGCGACCACGACCUCGGCGACGACGACGACGACGAUGCUAUUCAACAAUCAUUCCCAGCAAACGUCGCCCCAGCUCACACUAUCGUUGCACUCGAGCGAUGAUCCGACGUCUGCCCGUGAUCAGGUGAUCGUGUACGGGCCGGAGACGGUCACCACGCGCCAUCACGCACGCCCCGACAAUCGUAGCGUCACGAUCCUAAAUGCUUCCUCAUCGGCCGGCACAAUGGUAGGCGGUACGAACCCACGCAUGAGCGUAUUCGAACCGUACCCGAUGCGAGACACGAUCCAGCAUUUCUGCGAGAAGCAUCUCGAUAAGAUCAAAGCGUACACGGAGAGUGUUGCGCAGCGGAUUCCACCGCCGGCCAAGUGCAUCAUUGAGGAGCGGCGAGCGAAAAAGACGGCCAAGCUGCACUUUGCCUGUCAAGUGCGUGGUCCGCACUGUCUCUACGCGCGCACGAUGUUCACGAUGCGGACACGCAAUCCGCGCACCUGGAUCCAUCUGAUGUUUCUCGAUCUACAGGCGCGGGCCCCUAAGAACGCGCUCAGCAGCUGGGAUCCGAGCGUGAGCCGCCUUAAGCACUGCUGGGAUACACUCAAGUGCGAAAAUCGAACGUUCAUUACGCUCGUGACGAGUGCAUUUCCGAGCUGCAAGGAACAGGAGGCACUAGUGAACGAGCUGCGCCAUGCCGGGUUCUUUGAUGUGUUCGAAAUGGGUCCCGCUAGCCACGGACCCGACGGUGGUAACGUGAGUGAGCUCGGCUGCGAACAAGGAUCAUCCCCGACGGGGUUGGGACCUCCAGGUGUGGCACUGUCCACCGGCACGAACGCUACCACCACUGCGGGCACCGGUAGCACGGUCAAGGGUUCAACGAUAGGACCGGAGGGAAGCGUAGAGGCGAGUAGCAGCGAGGAACUGGACGAGGGUCUCCAGUGGGGCUGCUUCCUGUGUCACCAUCCGGAGAAGGCAAUCGGUUUUCUGCACGGCAACAAUCAACCGGUGAUUGAGGGACAGCUGAAGGAGAAGAAGGGUAAAUGGCGCUUGUUCCGUCGGUGGCGCACACGCUACUUUACCCUCUCGGGAGCCCAUCUCUCCUGUAAGGGGUCCGUCAGUGAGGCUGGCGGAGAGAGCAUCGAUGUGAACCAGAUACGCUCGGUAAAGGUGUCCCGGGGUGCUCGCAACAUACCGAAGGCGUUCGAGAUCUUUACCGGCGACCAGACGCUCAUCCUGAAGCCCAAGGAUGGCAACAAGGCGGAAGAGUGGGUGCAGUGUUUGAGCAUCGUGCUGGCACAUUCACAGGCGCGUGAUAGUCCGACGACUCGCACCAACAGCCUUCCGGCACGUAGCAUCGGGAACAGUCGGACCGUUUUCUAAUCCAUGGGCCGUCCAACAUAUCAGCACUGGAGGGAAAAGACUACGACGAGAAACAGGAGUACUUAACAGCCUUAACAAGCAUCUCUGCUGCUCAUCAAACUCGGUGCGACAGUUACGUACUUAGGUGCCGCUUUCACGAGAAGAGGCCACAAAGGGAACCGAACAGCAGAGCAGCAGCUGAGCCUACCUACCCUCCACGUUAUGUGUUAAGCGUUUUAAAACCGAGAUUUCAGCAAAGGCAAUCGAAAAUCGAUUAGUGAGAAUGGCCUCUUGGCGAGGAUCGCUAAACGAACGCCGCGCCAAGCGUCACACCAGCGGUUGCGCUGUGUUGUGUUCGACUUAUAUUAGAAAUACUUAAGGAGACCCCCAGCACCCCAGCUUUUGGGUGGUGGCAGAUUAACGACGUAUAACGUGUUUUUUUCCAUUUUACAACUCCGUGCUAAGGGAAAGAGAGGGCGAUGCACAGUGCACAAUCCGUAUUCCUUUUUCAACGGAGAUAAUUUAUUAACGCGUUUUGUUCAUAAUGGAUUGUUUCCAGAGCUUCCAUUCUAUCA